CUGUACUCGUUAUCUGACACUGUCUGGCCUUGAUAUGUAGAUAACGUAGUUGUUACAAGGUUGAAAUGGAGUACGAGUACACAUUUACGAAAGAUGCGUUCACUGUCACAGAUGACAUGAAAGCGAAAUUCGACAACUACGGAUGUAUUUUAGUAAGGAAUUUCCUUUCGAAGGAGGAAGUGACACACAUUAAAACCAGUCUUGAGUCAGACGAAUUUAAGGCAUAUAUGUACGGGGUCGACGAUGGCGAGGGAAGAAAAGCUCAUAUGAACAUCUGGAAUCAGCCUGGGGACGAUAUCACUGGGAUGUUGGGCAGGUGUGACAAAGUUGUCACUACAUGUGAAAAGCUCUUGGGAGGAGAAGUUUAUCAUUAUCACUCGAAACUUAUGGGAAAACCACCAAAAGAAGGUGGCCGUCAUCUGUGGCACCAGGAUUAUGGGUAUUGGUAUGAAAACGGAUGCUUAUAUCCAAACAUGAUAACUGUGUUCAUGGCUAUGGACAAAUGCGAAAAAGCAAACGGAUGCUUACAGUAUUUACCGGGGACACAAAAAUGUGGUAGAAUUGAGCACCAUAGAUUGGGCGGUCAGUUCGAAGCUGACGGAGAAAGAAUUAAAGAAAUUCAGAAACAUAUUCCUUUACAGUAUGCAGAACUUGAAGAAGGUGAUGCUUUGUUUAUGCACUGUAAUGUCCUGCACUGCAGUAGCGCUAAUCUGAGUGACAAAAGGCGUUGGGCUUUACUUUGUUGUUAUAACAGAGCAGAUAAUAAUCCGGUUAAAGAACAUCACCAUCCGCAAUAUACCCCGCUGAAAAAGGUCAAUGACAGCGAAAUACUUUCCUGUAAGAAGUUGAUCGAUGUAGAAGGCAAGUCGUUCAUGCCUCUCGGCGUAGACAAAACAUCUCUUCUACAGAAAGUUGAAACUUAAACUGUUUAAUCAUACUUGUGACCUCGUCAAUAUAACAGGAAACAAAGCAUCUUCAAUAACAUUUAAAUGAUUGUGCCAUAUUCAUCUAAAAUUUCUUCACUGAAAAGUUCUUCAUUUGAAUCACGAAUAAAUUUUUAAAAAAUGAAGAAAAUUAUGCUAAAUUUAGUAUAAACUGAGUCUAAAAGACUAUCAAUAUCAUUUCCUAUAGCCGAACAAUUUACAUAAAUUUGAUUGAGUCUUAUAAGUCACUAUGCUAAUCAGAUUGAUGCUGCUAGUCGAGUUCUCAAUAGAAAAAAAAUCAAAUAAAA